UUGCUGCGGCCUUCCGGUCCCGCCCGCCGCGGCGUCCCUGGCGUCCUGCCGGGUCUGAGCCGUUGCUGACUCGAGUGGGUCCGGGCCGCCACGGUCUGGAGGCGCAGUCAUGCCGCGGUAUUACGAGGACAAGCCGGAGGGCGGCGCGUGCGCGGGCGUGAAGGAGGACCUGGGCGCCUGCCUGCUGCAGUCGGACUGCGUGCUCCAGGAAGGAAAAUCCCCUCGGCAGUGUCUGAAGGAAGGAAACUGCAAAGCUUUGAAAUACUCAUUUUUUGAAUGUAAAAGAUCAAUGUUGGAUGCCAGAUCAAGAUUCAGGGGAAGAAAAGGAUAUUGAUGCGACUAUGUUGAAACCAAGAUGAAAACAACAAAGGAUUUUCUCUGGUCUUUAACACAGAGAAGCCAAAAUUGGAAACAUACUUUUUGCUACAUCUGUUCACUUGGACCAGUUUUUCCCUACAUGGACACUGAAGAAAAUGGAUAAGUUCUGGUUUGAAUAUGUUAUAAAGUAAAUGAUUCUCUUGCUCUAAGUUAUUUUUAGAGGAAAACUUAAUUGAAUGGUUAUGGGUUGGAAACAUAACAGAUGUGUUUUAAGAAUUGUUCUGAAGCACAAAGAAUGGAAAGAUUGUUAUUUUCAAACUUGACUCCUCAACCAAAUGACACAGUUGGUACAUCCUUUGUUAAGACUGUGAAGGCCACUGAUGUGCCAUGGAGUCUGGUGAGAAAGUGUCCAUUGGGAAAGUUUAGGAUAAAACUUUGAUUCUUUUAUUCAGUCUGUACUGUUCAGUUCUAAAAUAAAUUGUGCUUGAUUCCUUGGA